CUCUCAGACAUAAAUUCACAACAUAAAAACUCAACUACAACACUUUGUAUUCAAAUUCUUGAGCAAAAAAGCAACACAAAAUGGUUUGCUUCUGUUUUCUGGUUGAUCAGACAAGAAAAGUGAGGAGGUGCAAACCUGCGCCCGGAAUAUGCUCCCGGUGUGGCAGCGGCGCUAGUGUUGCCGACAUGAAGACUGCGACGAGGUUCUGCUAUCGGCAAGUCUUUCCUGUUCGAAUCGAAAAUACUAGCAACUAG